AUGACUGAUUGUGGUCGCUGUGUGAGACCGAUCCCUAAAACUGGGAAAAAUGCUCCUAAGGUGGAUUGUGCUGAAUGUAAAUUGUCAUUUCAUGGAAAAUGUGUCGAUCUUACACCUGACGACAUUCAGUAUUACGUCGAGAACAAUACCGUAUGGAGGUGUGAAGCUUGCGCCAAGGAACGACGUAAGAGCAUGGCCCUUGAGUCAUCUAUGACCUCUACCAUUACCAAAGAGGAUGUUUUUAAUCUAGUAUCGGAAUUGAGAAAGGACCUGAGAGGAGUUGAAGCUGGACUGGGCAAAUCGAUCAACACUGCCUUUGAAGAGUUAAAAGAGACUAAAGGCCUGGUUAGUAAACAAGGAGAGGAAAUGUCAGCACUCUUAGAACUUGUAAACAAACUCUCCACGGAAAACGCUGCCCUCAGGAAUAAGGUCGCUAUGCUCGAGAGCCGUAUGGACGACAUCGAACAGUAUUCCAGGAGGGAUACUAUCGAGAUACACGGUAUCCCGGCUGAUAGAGGAGAACAGAUCGUCGAGGUGGUGAAAACAGUGGGGCGAGCCUUGGACCUGACGAUAGAUGAAAAUAUGAUCAGUGCUUGCCAUAGACUGCGAAACAGGGAAGGAUCUGGCAAGCCCCCUGGAAUUAUAGUGAAGAUGACCCGACGCAUGGAUGCUGAGGCUGUCCUCCAAAAAAGGCGAGUGAAGCGUAAUUUAAAUACGCACGAUAUAGGCCUAACUGCAAGUCCUGCGAUGCCUAUAUAUAUUAAUGAAAGCCUGAGCCCUGGACGACGCCGACUUCUGAACGCAGCCCGGGAAAAGAAAAGUGAAAAACAUUACACGUAUCUAUGGAUCAGAGGAGGCAAGAUAUUAAUGAGGAAGGCGGAGGGCGAACCUGUGAAAGUUGUAACUUCGCUGGCGGACCUAGAUAAAUUGUGA